CUCAGAGAUCAGCAGCAGAGUUUUAUCACAACAUGCUUGUUUUUCUGUUCCUCUGAGAGCCUGAAAAUGAAAGAAUAAGAACUACAACGUGUUGCAGGUUUUUUUAAAUCUUGUUGAUACUUUGUAUUUUUUUACUUUUCAAACAUGGAUGUGGAGGGCCCCCAGGCUCUGUGUGACCUCUGCUUGGAUCAGGUGUGCUUCAGUCUAGAAGCUUUGUGCAACAAACGAGGCGACGGCUCCAUGAGUCUCAUCUGGGCUCCAGUGUUCCCCCAGGAACUGACCGACCAACUGCUCCAAAACAUGACAACUAAAGGGAUCCUGAAUGACACAACUGUUGGAAUUUUCCGAAACUGUGAGAAGCUCCGCCUGCGCCGAGCCUCCAUCCGCCGCUGCCCGGUGUCGGCAGAGGCCUUCCGCCUGGCCCUCUGCCCUCACCAGCUCCUGGAACUAGACGGCUCCUGGGUGUCGGGGGGGCUCAGCGGGGCUGACGUCAUCUCGGGCCUGGCCGGCAGCUCCCAGUGCAGGGUCAGCCUGCAGGGCUUGUCCCUCAGCGGUUUGCACCUGGACUGGGGAGCUCUGGAAGCAGAUGUUGGGGCUUGUGGGAGCCUCGGCUCCUUACAGAACCUCAGAAUGCUCCGCGUUGACAACACAGACUUAACAGAUGAUAUUCUUGAGGAAAUCUGCUCCCUUCCACGCCUGGAAACCCUGGAUAUCUCCUGCAGUACCGUCUCAAACCUCAAUGCUCUCAUUAAGUGCAAAAAUACCCUGAGAUACUUCAUCGCCCACAGAUUGAAGCAGCUGGAUAUGUCACCUGCUAGUUUACUGUUUGUCUUUAGUCAGCUGAACGUACUCAGACAUUUGGACUUUUCAGAAGACCACUUUGCUGUUGAUGACAGUGAUGGGAGAGGUGCUGAUGAGAUGUUGCAGCAGCUCUUAGAGGGGGGUCCUCAGGUCCUCCCCUCGCUCGUUUCUUUAGACAUAUCGGGGAGGAAGAGGCUGACUGAAGCUGCACUCAGAGCUUUUGUGGAGUCCAGGAGGGGGUUGGCAUUUAUUGGCCUGCUCGCCACUGGACUCAGCUUCUGUCACGUCCUUUCAUCGCGUAAAAAUCUGAAAGUAACCGGAGAGGCUAACGAGGACCAGGUCCGUGAGGCGCUCAGAAAGUACAGAGAGCGGGAGUGUUUCGUCCGAGAGGCCCUGCUCCAUCUCUACAGUCUAACCGCUGACACUGAAAAGCCACAGCCUGACACGCUGAAGCUGGUGGUGGGUGUGAUGCAGAGCCACCCUGAGUCGCUACAGGUCCAUCUGGUGGCCACAGCGUGCAUCUUUAACCUGACCAAUCAGGGGCUCGCAGAGGCCAUGCCCGUCAGCCUGAUCAGUUCCACUGUCAGCCAGCUGCUGCACGCCAUGAAGACCUUCCCCAACCACCAGCAGCUGCAGAAGAACUGUCUCCUUGCUCUCUGUAGUGACUACAUCCUUCAGGAUGUUCCUUUUGACAAGUAUUUAGCAGCCAUGUUGGUGAUUAACUGGCUGAGCAACCACGAAGAGCCGACCAUGCAGAGGAUGGCGGUGGCUGUUGUCUCCAUUCUGGUGGCAAAGUUGUCCACAGAGGAGAUGGCACAGCUCAGCAAGGACAUCUUGUUUAUGAAGCAGCUCCUGGCUAUGGUGCAGCAGAAAGCCAUGGUGGGAGUAAUUGACUCCACAUUAAAGUUUGCUCUGAGUGCUUUGUGGAACCUGACGGACGAGAUGCCCACAGCGGCUCGUAACUUCAUCGAGUGUCAGGGGUUGGAACUCUACGAGGAGGUUCUGGAGUCAUACUACAGUGAACCCUCUAUUCAGCAGAAAGUUCUCGGACUUUUGAACAACAUUGCAGAAGUGGAAGAGUUGCAGGCUGAUCUGAUGGAUGAAGACCUGCUCGAGCACAUCCUCAGCCUCCUGAAGAACUCUCAGGUGGAGGUCCGAUACUUUGCAGGGGGGAUUCUGGCCCAGCUGGCCUCCAGGACAGAGGCCUGGACCCUGGAUGAGGAGCUGCGCACCACCAUCCUGAAGCAGUUGCAUGAGUCAGUAAUAACGUGGGCUCAUCCUGAGAGGGAAAUGGUGUCAUACAGGUCAUUCCAUCCAUUUGUCCCUCUGCUUCAGCCGUGCCAGCCCUCAGGGGUGCAGCUGUGGGCGGUGUGGGCCGUACAUCUGGUCUGCAGUCAGAACACUACACAUUACAGCUGGAUGCUGGAGGAGGAGGGCCUGACUGAACUUCUGAGAGCUUUGUCUGCACAUCCUGACACACACAGAGACAUUAAAACCCUAUCAGAUCAAAUCUUAUCCAUGGCAGAGAAACAGCAGAGUGACUCAGGGGAGGUCAGAGACCUCACACCGUCUGAGAAGGCCUGACUGAAGUAUUUGAAAAUGUUUUAUUUGAUCUUUAUAAAAACAAAUAAUUAGCAUGAUGUCACAAACUGAGUUACAUGAUUUAAAAUUGCACUGUUUUGUUUUAUACAACUAGAGUCAGCAAUAAAUACGUUUUGAAACCAGGCUUGCACUUUA